AUGGCACAGAAAUUGUUACCGCAAGGAAUCAAAGCAGCUACCGUCAUUACUCUGACACCGAAGUGCGGCUCCUCUCGCUCGGAAUUGAAAGAGAGAAAUCUUGUUGCAUAUUAUUGUAUCGCUACUUGUUUGGGAGAGAUUGUUGUCGGCUUAAUCUUCACCUCAGUCAGCAAGAAGUACCACAACUUUGGACUGAUCCCGGUUUUCAUAUUGACGUGCAUCUUCUUUGUAAUGGUAACGGUGCUGACAUUGAUCUAUACGCCGGCUCAAUCUUCAUUAAAGCCAACAAAAGAACUUGCGAUUUUGGAGCCAAGCGCCUGGAUCGGCAUACUAGUUGGUGUUCUUUAUGGCUGUCUCGAUGGAGCGGCGUGUAAUGCAAGAAUGGUUGCUGCUGCUAAAGGACUGCCAGAGUCACCAGCAAUCGCUUUCAGUGUAGCGAAAUUCUAUCAGGCCGGUUCUGCUAUGAUCUUUCUCUUCUUGGGCUCCAAAAUGAACAUUCAUCAAAUUCUCUAUCUUUCUGGCUUUCUGAUGAUUAUCAGUAUCGGCUGUUACAUCUCAUUCCUUCGAGACUUAAAAGUUUCAAGAAUUGGCAGCAUUACAGAAGGAAUUGAGGAAAGUGGAGAUGAGAAGAUUUUGAGUGAA